AUGUCUGACAGAGUACGACAGCUUGCGAGCCACUUUUCAGACACUCCAAAUGGCGCCAAUGCGGCACCCUACCAGGUCUCAGAACAGCCACUGGGGACCACAAGACAUGUCCGGAUUGUCACCAUCGGGGCCGAUAUGAGUGGGCUCAACAUGAUACGGACGCUGCGUCUCCACUUGACCGACUUUGAACAUGUCGUCUAUGAGAAGAACCCAGAGAUAGGAGGCACCUGGUUCGAGAACCGAUACCCGGGCUGCAAGUGUGACGUGCCGUCGCACAACUACCAGUUCUCCUGGCGUCCGAAUCCAGAGUGGACCGGCUUCUUCUCGACAGCAACAGACUUCCAGGCUUAUCUGUGUCGAGUCUGCGAAGAAGAGGGCAUGAGAGAAGUGAUAAAAUUGAGACACCAGGUUAAUCGAGCUGAAUGGGAUGAAAGCAGCUGUGUUUGGAAGCUGAAGAUUCUCAAUCUGGAAGACAACUCCGAAUUCGAUGACACUUGUCACUUCCUGUUGGACUCUUCGGGGAUUCUCAAUCAUUGGAAGUGGCCUAAGAUCCCGGGACUGCAGAAGUUCGAAGGUCAUCUCAUUCAUAGUGCCGACUGGCCCUCAGGCUUUGACUACAACGGUCUCACAGUCGCCGUCAUCGGCAACGGCUCUUCGGGAGUCCAGAUCUUGCCGGAAAUACAGCCAGACGUGAAGAAACUGGUACACUUUGUAAGAGAACCCACCUGGGUUGUUCCCGGGCGUCUCCAGCUCCUAGCACAGGGCGCUGCUGGCGGGAUCCUUGGCGAGGUUGGCAUGAGAGAAAACGCAGACUUCACCGAGGCUCAAAUCGAGCGUUUCAAGACAGACCCAAUCUUUUAUAAGAAGUUUGUCAAGGCAGUCGAAGAAGUCGUGAAUGGAAAUUUUCCCAUUUUGACACGCAACAAGACCCUCAAAGACACCGAUUUUGCAGCCAGCGUACAGGAGACGGCAACCGAUUACAUGAAGGAGGCGUUGGGUGGCGAUGAGCGACUGUGCAAUGCCAUCAUACCCAAGUUUCCUCUCGGAUGUCGACGGCUUACGCCUGCGGUGGACUACCUGUGGGCUCUCCGAAAGCCCAACGUGAGGGUGGUCACGGAUCCGAUUACCAACAUUGAGGCCAAAGGUCUGCGGACCGAGACGGUCCCUGACUUCCCUAAUUACUUCAUGUUCCUUGGCCCCAACGCGCCUAUCGGGCAUGGCAGUGUCUUCACUAUCACUGAACACAUAGCUAAAUAUCUCGUACGUAUCAUCAAGAAGUGUCAGACGGAGGGUAUCAGUGCCAUAGCCCCGCACGAUUCUGCUGUCGAUGAGCUAUUUGAGCAUACUCAGACAUUCAUGCCUCGUACUGCUUGGUCUGGAAACUGCAUUUCUUGGUUCAAAGGCGGGACUAUAGACGGCCCUGUGACGGCUCUACAUCCGGGCAGCCGCAUUCACUUCUUCCACAUGCUGGAGAAGUUCAGAGGUGAAGACUGGGAGUAUACCCGGGCCAAUAAGCAAAAUCGGUUUCAGUUCUUAGGGAACGGGUUCUCAACCAAGGAGCUCGGCGACGAAGACGCUACAUGGUACCUUGAUGAACCAGACAAUAUUUGA